UGGCUCCCGUCUCUGGGCUUCGGGCGCCGUGACACCACCGUGCACUCUCUGGUCCGGAUUCUUCCUGAGGUUGUCAUCCGCACGUGGCUCCCGCAGUUUCGCGGUGAAUAAUCGCGGACAGCCAGGAGGAAGCGAGCCGCCCUUCACAAGACGAAUUCGGGGUCUGUGGCUGCGGCUGGGACCUGCCUCCCUGUUCUCAUCUAGUGGAUCCUCCAUCCUUCUGAGGCUGGAACCCCACAGCCCCUGCUGAUGGAGCUUUCAAGUCCUCCCAGAGGAGAAUGUUCCCGGCCUCUGGACAGGGCGGGUUUCAGGGCUGCCAGCCUCACGGGACUGCUGCUCCUUCAGGUGAUAUCAUGGGCAUCAGACCUGGCCUCCGCUUGUGCUCCCUCCCCCCCAGGUGCCCGGCCCUGCAUCCCUAAGAGCUUCGGCUACAGCUCGGUGGUGUGUGUCUGCAAUGCCACGUACUGUGACUCUCUUGACCCCCUGACCCUGCCGGCCCCGGGGACCUUCAGCCGCUACGAGAGCACGCGCAGCGGACGCCGGAUGGAGCGGAGUCUGGGGACCAUCCGGGCCAACCGCACGGGCACAGGGCUCCUGCUGACCCUGCAGCCAGACCAGAAGUUCCAGAAAGUGAAGGGGUUUGGAGGGGCCAUGACAGACGCCGCUGCCCUCAACAUCCUCGCCCUGUCCCCCCCUGCCCGGGACUUGCUACUCAAAUCUUAUUUCUCUGAAGAAGGCAUCGAGUACAACAUCAUCAGGGUCCCCAUGGCCAGCUGUGACUUCUCCGUCCGCACCUACACAUACGAUGACACCCCUGAUGACUUCCAGUUGCGAGACUUCAGCCUCCCCGAGGAGGACGUCAAGCUCAAGAUACCCCUGAUUCACCAAGCUCUGGCGCUGGCCCGGCGCCCCGUGUCACUGUUCGCCAGUCCCUGGACGUCACCCACGUGGCUGAAGACCAAUGGGGCUGUGAAUGGGAAGGGGUCACUCAAGGGUCAGCCUGGGGAUAUCUACCACCAGACCUGGGCCAGAUACUUUGUGAAGUUCCUGGACGUCUACGCAGAGCACAAGCUACGCUUCUGGGCAGUGACGGCAGAAAACGAGCCCUCGGCAGGACUGCUCAGCGGGUACCCCUUCCAGUGCCUGGGCUUCACGCCCGAGCACCAGCGAGACUUCAUUGCCCGGGACCUGGGUCCCGCCCUCGCCAACAGUACGCACCGUGACACCCGUCUGCUCAUCCUGGAUGACCAGCGCUUGCUGCUGCCCCACUGGGCCCAGGUGGUGCUGGCGGACCCAGAGGCGGCUAAGUACGUGCACGGUGUGGCCGUGCACUGGUACCUGGACUUCCUGGCCCCAGCCAAAGCCACCCUGGGGGAGACACACCGCCUGUUCCCCGACAUCAUGCUCUUUGCCUCGGAGGCCUGUGUGGGCUCCAAGUUCUGGGAGCAGAGUGUGCGCCUGGGCUCCUGGGACCGGGGAGUACAGUACAGUCACAGCAUCAUCACGAAUCUCCUGUACCACGUGGCCGGCUGGACCGACUGGAACCUCGCCCUGAACCCAGAAGGGGGGCCCAACUGGGUGCGCAACUUUGUGGACAGUCCCAUCAUCGUUGACAUCGCCAAGGACAUGUUUUACAAACAGCCCAUGUUCUAUCAUCUCGGCCACUUUAGCAAGUUCAUCCCCGAGGGCUCCCAGAGAGUGGGGCUGCUGGCCAGCCAGAAGAACAGCCUGGACACAGUGGCACUGACCCGUCCCGAUGGCUCGGCAGUUGUGGUGGUGCUGAACCGCUCCUCAAAGGACGUGCCUCUUACCAUCGAGGACCCUGGCGUGGGCUUCGUGGAGACGCUGUCCCCAGGCCACUCCAUCCACACCUACCUGUGGAGCCGCCCAUGAUGGGGCCUGGGUGUGGGCAUUAAAGGGGUACAGCCAGCUCA